GGGGGGGGGUGCUCUUAAUGUUUUGUACACUCAGUGUAUACAGUAUAUACAGUGCCUUCAGAAAGUGCCUUCAGAAAGUAUUCACACCCCUUGACCUUUUCCACAUUUUGGUGUGUUACAAAGUGGAUUAAAAUGGAUUUAAUUGUCGUUUUUUGUCAACGAUCUACACAAACUACUCUGUAAUGUCAAAGUGGAAGAAAAAUGCAAAAAAAAUAAAUGGAAAAUGGAAAAUUAAACACUAAUAUAUCUUGAUUAGAUAAGUAGUCAACUCCCUGAGUAAAUGCAUGUUAGAAUUACCUUUCUGGGUACGUUUCUAAGAGCUUUGCCCAUUAUUCUUUGCCCAAAAUGCUAGACAGACAUUUUCAAGUCUUGCAAUAGAUUUUCAAGCCGAUUUAACUCAAAACUGUAACUAGGCCUCUCAGGAACAUUCAAUGGCAUCUUGAUAAGCAACUCCAGUGUAUAUUUGGCCUUGUGUUUUAGGUAAUUGUCCUGCCGAAAGGUGAAUUUGUCUCCCAGUGUCUGUUGGAAAGCAGACUAAACCAGGUUUUCCUCUAGGAUUUUGCCUCUGCUUAGCUCUAUUCCGUUUAUUUUUAUCAACAAAAAAAACUCCCUACUCCUUGCUGAUUACAAGCAUACCCAUAACAUGAUGCAGCCACCAGCAUGCUUGAAAAUAUGAAGAGUGGUACUCAGUGUUGUGUUGUGUGGAUUUGCCCCAAACAUAACGUUUGUAUUCAGGACAGAAAAUGUACUUCUUCAUCUUUUGCAGUAUUACUUUAGUGCCUUAUUGCAAACAGGAUGCAUGUUUUGGAAUAUUUUUAUUCUGUACAGGCUUCCUUCUUUUCACUCUGUCAUUUAUGUUAGUAUUGUGGAGUAAUGUUGUUGAUCCAUCCUCAGUUAUCUUCUAAACAGCCAUUAAACUCUGACAGUGUUUUAAAAUCACCAUUGGCCUCAUGGUGAAAUCCCUGAGCAGUUUCCUUCCUCUCCCGCAACUGAGUUAGGAAGGGCUACUGUAUCUUUGUAGUGACUUGGUGUAUUGAUACACCAGCCAAAGUGUAAUUAAUAACUGCACCAGUACAGUGAUAGUACUUGCAUACUUGCAUAGUAGCAAUAUCAAAAACAGAAAGUGUCCAGAUAAAAAUAUGUUAUAAAUAUUUGAUCAUUAUUAGAUGAUGCUUUCCUGACACACUUGUCUAAAUUGAUGGGUCAUGUGAAGGAAAUGCUAUAACCACCCCUCACCCACAUCUAGCUAAGUGGAUCGGUCACUAUUGUCUAGACAUGUACACAUGUUCAUGAAAUACAAUCGAUGGCCUUAAUCACCCCCAGACACACCUGCUAAUUUGAUGGGUCAUGUAAUUAUCUGGCCAAAGUGGAGUCUUUUGUUGAGACAUGUAACUAGCUAGGUAGCUAGUUAGCUAAACAAUGAACCGGCAUAACCCCAACUCAUACUACUACCAAUACAAACAUUGUCAUAGCUGUAGUAUGACUCUGCAGGUAGCUAAAGCUAACAAACUAGUUUAAUGUUAACUAGCUAACAUUAGGCUAUAAUUAGCAAUGCAAAUGAUUUUCUGAUUCGAAUAAUGUUACUACACAGAUCAUGCACGUAACGUUAGCUAGCGAGCCAGCAAGCUCACUAACAUUAUGCUUUAACUUGCAAUAAAAAUGACUUUCUGACAAAAUUAGAAACUUAUAUCUGGAAAAUGUUGCUAGACUCUUACCCGUAUACAUGAAUGAACGCUUCACGGCAGACUGGAACCAUUUAACUCUGUUUUGUUUGUAGCUACAUCUUGUUUGGCCAACUUUGUGUCAAGUCACUCCGGUUCAUACUGACCGUGGCGUGUGCAGAAAGUAGCCCAUCAAUUUUUCCUACUGAUCUGGCGCGGUAGAAAGGACUGUCAACACAUACUGAACAGCUCACGUAGACAGAAGCGGGCUACAUGGCAGACAAAUCCAAACUCAUCUCCCGGCAUGUCCAGCCCAUCCAUUAUCUCAGGCAAUCAUGGCUAGUGGGAAGGUUCCUGUCUUUUUCCAUGGCUAAACCAACUAGGCUCCUAAUUUAACAAUUUGUUUCAUAUUUAUGGAUGGAAUACACAUUUUUAGUUUAAGGCACAUGAAAGUUCACAUGUUCUAGAAGGCAUUUCUGCCAAAAAAACACAUUCGGAUAAAAAAGUAAUGUUAACGUUCAAAUGCUGCUCCUGUGAAGUAGUGAUGUGCGCAGUGGCGACCCUUCAUUCAAUGUAAACAAUGUAAAAAUAAAUAAAAAUUAUUGAGUUAAUAAAGCCACAUACAAACAUGGUCUCUUUUUUUCUUUCUUGAGUAAGGCAGCUCCAAAAUGCAGGUGUUUCAGCCUAGCUCAGUGCUUUCUGUGGUGGUGUGCAUGUAGCCUAUAACCUGUUUUAGAGAAAUGUAAUCAUUGAAUUCUGUAAGAGCUUUCAUUGUCUGCUUAUAUGCCCCCUUUAUUUAUCCUACAGUUCUGACUUGGUCUAGAGGGAGAACACUGUAAGAACGGCCCAUGUUCUGAAUUCUGUCACUGUACAUUUCAAAAGUGCCAAACAAAUAGUUAUAUUGACUACGUCCGUCCUAGCUCUCUCAUUAAUGUCUUAAUCGAAAUUACAGAUUGCCUCUUAUCCGAUUGUCGUCCCCUUAUGCCGGAGUUUGUACAUAUCAAUUGUCAUAAAGAAACCACAUUUGUUUAAGCAAGUCAGCUGUAUCAGCUAUGUUCUUUUAAAAGGCAGUAAAUGAGGCUGAAUGAACUGUUUCGCUGCCAGACAAGGCUCCGCUGAUAGCCAGGUGUAGCAGUGGUAAGGUGUUGGGACUCUGCUGUUGGGACAGCUUUAUGUAGGCCCUAACAAUUUGUGGGCACCGUUUGUCACCGUUAUAGUGCAAUUAAUGUAUUGCUUGGUGUUGUGUUGUGGCUUUGCUGUUUUUUUUGGCCCCACCAAGAUUUACAUGCUAAAAUCGCCACUGGACGUGCGACAUACGCCUAGUUUCCUGAAACGAGUCACAAUUGUGUGUGGGGUACAGAGAUGGGGUAGUCAUAAAAAAAAUUAUGUUAAACACUAUUAUUGCACACAGAGUGAAGUGAGUCCAUGCAACUUAGUAUGUGACUUGUUAAUACAUUUUUACUCCUGAACUUAUUUAGGCUUGCCAUAACAAAAAGUUUUCAGUGUUUCAUUUUUUUAUGAAUUUGCAAACAUUUCUAAAAACACAUUUUGACAUUAUGGGGUAUUGUGUGUGCAUCAGACACAAAAUCUGAAUGUAAUAGUCAAGGGGUGUGAAUACUUUCUGGUUAUGACGGUCUUCAUCCAUAAUCGUCUGUUACAUGAUUACCAGCCCAUCAGUCAUUGGGUCUCUGCAUAUGUGGUUUCUAUCAAACAUACAAAAAAAGGGUCAGGCAAAGAGUGACGUAAUCCACUCUUGGACAAUGUGUUACAUGCACAGACACACACAGGCACACACACGCACGUGUGGUUCGCGUGUAAGCCUGUUGCCGUACGCCUGUUGCCUUUGCACUCCCUGUUGUAGAUACAUCAGCUGCAAGCUGACAUACUCCAGACCUCUGAUCUCUGCUUCUUAUCACACACAGACACAACCUGAAACGCCCAGCUUGAAGUUCAAGAAACUCCUUACGCAGCAAGGUUAGGACAGGAGGAGGGGGAGAGGGGAGGGAGGGAGGAGGGGGAGAGGGGGAGGGAGGGGAGGGAGGGGAUGAGGGGAGGAAUGGGGGAGGGAGGAGGGAAAGAGGGGUGGGGAGGGAGAUGAGGAGGGAGGAAGGGGAGAGGGGGUGGAGGGAGGAGGGGGGAGGAGGGGGAGAGGGGGUGGGGGGAGGAGGGAAAGAGGGGGGGGAGGGAGGGAGGGAGGAGGGAGGAGGGAGGAGGGAGGAGGGAGGAGGGAGGAAGGGGAGAGGGGGUGGAGGGAGGAGGGGGAGGAGGGGGAGAGGGGGGGUGGAGGGAGGGGGGGCGGAGGGGGAGAGGGGCGUGGGAGGGAGGAGGGGGGUAGAGGGAGGAGGGGGAGAGGGGGUGGAGGGAGGAGGGGGAGGAGGGAGGGAGGAGGUAGAGGGAGGAGGGGGAGGAGGGGGAGAGGGGAUGGAGGGAGAGAGGGGGUAG